CAACUUGUUGCCUGCUAAAGAACCAAUAGGUGCUCUAUUUGUUACACUCAUGAAGCUCCCCAAAAAAUAGACAACUGUUUUGGUAUAAUUUUGUUUUUAAUGAGCCAGUAUACUCUAAUUAAAUUUUCUUAAUAAAUUAAGGGCAGCUGGGAGCUUAAAAAUACUAUUAAAAAGAAGAUACCAUGAUGAAAAAAAGUUAAAGAUGCAAGAAAGAAUAAAUAUUAAACUCCGAGACCCUAGGGAUUCCAUGAAAACGAUGACAUAAAAUGCACUUUGAUUGCUCUAUGCUCAGCUUUGCUCUAUGCUUAGUAGACGUGCGGGACCACCUUCAAGUCAUUAUUAGCAUACACUUCUUAGUUACUUUAAAUAUUUCACAGCAUUGUAAUCGUCACCCACCAACAAGGAAAUUUCAAAACCCCUUUACAUUAAAUACCCCUCCUACAUCAAAAACCUCUCUCGAACCUCAUUGCUAUUGCAUUGAAACAUGAUGCCACCCUAUAGCUGCCAAAAAACUGAAGUAUAUAUUGAUGAGCAAAAGUAUUCCGAUCCACAGAUGGUUCUAGAUCCAAAUCUGUCAUCCAUGGCAUAUCUUCCUUCUCUUCCCACUUUAGAUAACAAUAAUUCUUCUUUUUGCUUCUUCUCAUCAUCCUUAGAAGAAACCAGAAACCAUGAGUCGCAGAAACUGGCACCACUAACUGAUUAUCAUGAAUCCUUUGAAAGUAGUACCCCUUUUUCUAGUGGUAGAGGAAGCACAAGUGGAAAUUCUAAUAGCUUUCAAAAACUCCAUUUUCGUGACCAUGUAUGGGCUUAUACUCAGAGAUUCUUAGCAGUGGAAGCCAUGGACAUGGGAUUCAAUGAAUACGAAGAAUCAGUUGAGGAAGAAAGGAGCAGAGAUGGAAUGAAACUGGUCCAGCAGCUCAUCGCUUGCGCUGAAGCCGUGGCUUGUAGAGACAAGAGUUUUGCUUUAGCAUUACUCUCUGAGCUAAGGCCUAAUGCUCUGGUCUUUGGCACAUCGUUUCAGAGAGUCGCUUCCUGCUUUGUUCAGGGUCUUUCAGACCGCCUUGAACAUGAACUUGUUCAUCCACUUGUGUCAGUUGGAGUCACAGCGAAGAUGAUGAACACUACUGCUAAUUCACCGGACAAGGACGAAGCUUUACGCCUUGUUUAUGAGAUUUGCCCACAAAUCCAAUUCGGCCAUUUCAUAGCAAACGCGUCGAUAUUGGAAGCCUUUGAGGGAGAGAGAUGCGUCCAUGUUGUGGAUUUGGGUAUGAGCUUAGGUCUCUCCCAUGGCUACCAAUGGCGGAAUUUAAUGCAGAGCCUAGCCAACCGUACCAGAGGAAGAGUACCACUUCAACGCUUACGAAUAACCGGCGUUGGAAACAGAGGUGAACGCCUUGAAGAAAUUGGAAAAGAGCUUGAGGUUUAUGCAGGGAGCUUAAAACUGGGUUUUUUUCAGUUUUCAAUGGUGGAAAUUGGCAACUUGGAGAACCUGAAACCUGAAGAUUUGGGUCUAAGUGAUGGAGAGGUUUUAGUCAUCAACAGCAUACUUCAUUUGCAUUGCGUGGCGAAAGAAAGCAAAGGAGCAUUGAACUCUAUUCUGAAAAUGUUGCAUAGAUUAUCACCAAAGCUUAUGGUUCUGGUAGAGCAGGAUUCAAGCCAUAAUGGGCCUUUCUUUCUUGGAAGAUUCAUGGAAGCAUUGCAUUAUUACUCUGCCAUUUUUGACUCCUUAGAUGCAAUGCUUCCAAAGUAUGACACAAGGAGAGCUAAGAUUGAGCAGUUCCAUUUCGCAGAGGAGAUUAAGAACAUAGUAAGCUGUGAAGGACAAGCGAGAGUGGAACGCCAUGAAACGAUGGACCAAUGGCGCAGAAGGAUGAGCCGUGCUGGGUUCCAACAGUCUCCUUUGAAGAUGAUGACCAAGACAAAACAGUGGCUUGAAAAAGUCAGUGCCUUUGAAGGUUAUAGAGUUAUGGAAGAGAAAGGGUGUUUGUUUCUUGGAUGGAAAUCAAAGCCUAUCAUCUCAGCUUCUUGCUGGAAAAGCUCAUGAAUUUCAUGAUAAUGAAGAUGAAAUGCGAAUUGGGUUUGUAGGGGGGAAAAAAAAAAUAUAUAUAUAUAUAUAUAUAUAUAUUAAAAAAUUAGAAAUAAAUUAAAACAAAUUAAUGUGAUUGUUUAUGUAAUGUAUU